AGCUGGAGCAUGUCACAUUUGGAGUACUGAUUUGAUUCCAAACAGAUUAAUAGGAAACUUUUGAAUCGCACCUUUUUCUCACAGCUAUUCUCUGGAUCUUUCUUCGGAGGAAGAAAACAUGACGCGUACAGUGACGUCAGACCCGUACAGCUGGGGCGUGCGUCUCGGUGACGUGGAGAUUUUGAACGACAGAAACGACACCAGCUGGUACCUCGGAAUCGAGCCUACAAGCUUGGACGGAACGGAUGACGAAGGUCGCCCAAAGCAGUCCGGAACGGUGUCAUUUUCAGUUUUCGUUGAACCUGUAGAGUGCGUCUUCUUUAACGAGGAGGACCAUUCCUGGGACCGAAGUGGUUGUGAGGUUGGACCCUUAACAAAUACGACCCAUCUCCACUGCCGCUGUGACCACCUGACCAAAUUUUCUGGUCUGGUUGCUCCGAACGAGAUCAACUUUGAGCGCGCUCUGAAAGGGUUCCUGCUGAAGAACCUGAUUCAAAAUCCCAUCGGCAUCAUCACUUGCUGCGUCCUGUUCUCCUUCUACAUCGCCUUGUGUGUGCCCUGGACAAGGAAAAAUGACGCCAAGGACCUGAGGAAGAUCACGACGGCAGCAAUCUUCGACAAUACAAAACAUCCCAAACCUCGCUACUACCUGAGGGUCUUCACUGGACCGAGAGCAAAUGCCGGGACAACAGCAAAGGUGUCCAUCAUGCUGCACGGAGCGACCCGGGAGUGCGGCCCGUUCCUCCUGCACCAGCCCUACUCCGCCAUGUUUGAGAAGGGAAACAUGGCCGGGUUUGUUCUGUGCACCGAGACGGACCCGGGCUGGCUCACCCACGUGCGCGUGUGGCACGACAACUCCGGGAAGGAGCCAUCCUGGUAAGAUGUAAAUGAAAUCAUAGAAAUCCUAUCGUACAGAGUAUUCUAUAAAGGGAAGACUUCUUGUGAUUAUCCUGAGCGAAAAUGUGAACGACUGGUUACAAUUUUCGUCUUUACGUCACUUGAGAUUCAGAUCUGUUAAUCUUUUCCCUUCGCAGGUUUCUGGACAGGAUCAUUGUGGACGAUCUACUGCUCGAGGAGCAGCACU